AUGGCCUUCACUCAAAUAUUACUUCUCUCAUUUAUCUUUAUCUUAACCUCUAUCAAGUUCUUGUUCACAAAAUCUAACCGGAAACUCAAUCUUCCUCCUUCUCCAUCUUACUCUUUACCGGUUAUCGGUCACCUCCACCUCCUCAAGAACCCUAUCCACCAAACAUUUCUCUCCCUCUCUCAGUCCCUCGGAAAUACUCCCAUCUUCCACCUCCGCCUCGGAAACCGCCUCGUUUACGUCAUCUCCUCACAUUCCCUAGCCGAAGAAUGCUUCACCAAAAACGACGUCGUUCUUGCGAACCGUCCUCAGCUCAUCAUGGGCAAACACAUAGCCUACGACUCCACCAUCAUGAUCGCAGCAUCUUACGGCGAUCACUGGAGGAAUCUCCGCCGCAUCGCCGCCAUCGAGAUAUUCUCUUCUCAUAGGAUCAGUACCUUUAUGUCUAUCCGUAGAGACGAGAUCCGACGGCUCAUAACACACCUCUUGAGAAACUCCUCACACGGAUUUGUUGAAGUGGAGAUGAAGUCAUUAUUAGCCGGCUUGUCAUUCAACAACAUCAUCAUGAUGGUAGCCGGAAAACGAUAUUACAAUGGCGGCACAGAAGACAGUGACGAGGCCAAAGUCGUGAGGGAGCUUAUAUCGGAGGCGGUGGCCGGAGCCGGUGCUGGAAACCUAGCUGACUAUCUUCCGAUCAUACGUCGGGUCACUGAUUUUGAAAAACGGGCCAAAGUUUUGGGGGCUCGCUUCGAUGGAUUCUUGCAAAGACUGGUUGAUGAGAAACGUGCAGAGAAAACAAAAGGUCAAACUUUGAUCCAUCACUUGCUUUCUCUCCAAGAAACCCAACCUGAGUAUUAUACUGACGUCAUCAUCAAAGGAAUGAUAAUCUCUCUGGUAAUUGCGGGGACAGACACGUCAGAAGUGACGCUAGAGUGGGCAUUGUCGAAUUUGCUGAACCAUCCAGAAAUACUUGAGAAAGCAAGAGCAGAAAUCGAUGAUAAAAUUGGUUCAGACCGGUUAGUUGAGGAACCAGACAUUGUAAAUCUCCCUUAUCUCCAAAACAUCGUGUCUGAAACACUGCGUUUGUACCCUGCGGUUCCGCUACUGCUCCCUCACUUGUCCUCGGAUGACUGUAAAGUGGCAGGAUACGAUAUGCCACGUGGCACGAUGUUGUUCACAAACGUAUGGGCUAUGCACAGAGAUCCAAGGUUAUGGGAAGAGCCAGGGAGGUUUAAGCCGGAGAGAUUCGAGAAGGAAGGAGAGGCUCGAAAGCUAAUGCCGUUUGGGAUGGGACGACGAGCCUGUCCUGGAGCCGAGCUUGGGAAGCGGCUAGUGACCCUGGCUCUUGGAUGUUUGAUUCAGUGUUUCGAGUGGGAGAGAGUCGAUGAAGAACUUGUGGACAUGACCGAAGACAUAGGUAUCACUAUGCCUAAAGCUACUCCGUUGCGAGCCAUGUGCAAGGCACGUGCCUUUGCCGGUACAAUGAUAUAUGAUGUACGUAUAAAUAAGUAUUGUAUAGAAACUGGUAAGUGA